UGUAAUAUCCCAAUACGUCAUGUGGUUCAAAAUGGCCGCGUCGGGAUAAAAACAACGCGUUUUGGGUCAUAAUUUUUAGAUUUUCAUAUCUGUAUUCACUGUUUUGAAUAUGCUACGGUGUGGACUUUGAUCACGAUAACCUUGGGCAAAGAUACGCUGCAUUUGAAUGACUCUAUAGACUGAAAAAGGAAGACCUCUUUGAGGAGUGACUAGCAGGUACUACAGACAUCAGACUCCAUCAGCAGGAUGAGAUACGCCCAGCUGGUGAUGGGUCCCGCGGGGAGUGGGAAGAGCACGUACUGCAGUACCAUUGUGAAACACUGUGAGGCACUGAGGAGAAGCGUGCGUGUUGUGAACCUGGACCCUGCAGCGGAGUAUUUUGAUUAUCCAGUCAUGGCAGACAUCCGUGAGCUGAUCAGUGUGGAUGAUGUCAUGGAGGAUGACUCUCUCAGAUUCGGCCCAAACGGAGGCUUGGUCUUCUGUAUGGAAUAUUUCAUCCAAAACUUUGACUGGUUAGAAGAGGAGCUGGGUGAAGGAGAGGAUGACUACUUCUUGUUUGAUUGCCCAGGUCAGAUUGAGCUGUACACACACAUCCCUGUGAUGAGACAGUUAGUGGACACACUACAGCACUGGAACUUCAGGGUCUGUGCUGUCUUCCUCAUUGACUCACAGUUCAUGGUUGACCCUUCCAAGUUCCUGUCGGGUGUGCUGUCUGCCCUGUCAGCAAUGGUGACCUUGGAGGUUCCACACAUCAAUGUCAUGACCAAGAUGGACCUCCUCAGCAAAAAGGCCAAGAAAGAGAUAGAAAGAUAUCUUGAUCCAGACAUCAGAGGCAUUCUCGCCGAUGGCAGGGAAGGAUAUUUCGACCAGAAAUUCCAGAAACUGACAAAAGCAUUGGGAACAGUGGUGGAUGACUUCAGCCUGGUUCAGUUCCUACCAUUAGACAGAUCAGACGAGGACUCCAUCGACAUAGUCCUGAACACCAUCGACAGUGCCAUACAGUACGGGGAAGACCUCGAGCCAAGGGAAGUACCGGAACUACCUGACGAUGAUGACGAUGAUGGAAGAGACAGUGGAUUCCCUGGGGAGGAGAGCUGAUAUCCUGGGAACAAGAUUAUAGUUCUAUGGAGAAAUUGAUACCAACUACAAUGUUCCUCCAUCUAGCAUUUUUGUUUACAUUUACAACAGGUCUGUUUGGCAGAGAAAGCUUUAGAAAGGACUUGAAAACUGUCACUAGCAUCAGUCUUUAAAUGACGAGUGAGACUUCAUAAGAGAUCAUGUUUUUAUAACCCAGAAGAAAGUGUCAGUGAUAAUCCUCUGCAUAUUGAACAGUAAGUAUGUAGGUGGACUGUCUGUAUACUAUUAUAUUUUGUACCAGGGCUGUCUUCAGGACCAUCUCUCUUUCCAAGUACAGAAAUUUGAUUGUUGGGACGAAAAUUUCACCCCUUCGUUAAAAAAAAUCUGAACUCCAUGAUAUGAAAAUGUAUUAGCUUAAAAUGACCAUUCUCCUAUAGCAGAGUACCGUCAGUCAUUUAUUCCUGAAAACAGAUGGAGUCCCUCUGACGACUCUGUUUCGCCUUUGCAUAGGAGAAUGAAAAUGACAAGAUUGAACAACAACUUGGGCUCCUAAACAAUGAGUGGGAUGGGGAAAAUAUUAAAAGCUUGAAACAGCCCUGGUUAACAACACUAUUAGAUGGAAAAUAUCUCCUUUGUCACAUUUUCAGAAUACACUAUUAAGAACAUUAUGGGAAUAAAGAUCUCAAACAUUA